CUGUAUGGGAAAAGGGAGCUGGGAAAGUGCUGUGGCUGCUUCAGGAUAGGUGGAUCGGAGUUUGCUCUGAUUGAACCGGAAUGUUCCACCGCGGUUCAUCUUUAUUCAUUAUCCUUUGUUCUUUAUAGUCUGAUAUGUUGGGAUGAAAGUAAAUGUAGAUAUAUAUAUGGACGAUUUAUUUUCCUUUGAAGCUGUUUGUUGUAUACAGCGGGAAAUAUACUUCUCUUGUCUUGGUUGGAUGCACAAAUCCGUGUGCCGUGCUUUUUGCCCGUUGCCUAGACGAUCACUUGGUUUCUCUGAGGAUGUCUGGUUCUCGUAAAGAGUUUGAUGUGAAACAGAUUUUGAAAAUCAAAUGGAGGUGGUUUGGCCAUCAAGCAUCAUCUAAUUCUUCAGUUGACAGCCAGCAGGGAGAAUUUUGGAACCGAGGACAGACCGGAGCAAACGGUGGAAGAAAGUUUCUAGAUCCAUGUAACCUACAAUUGCCUUUGGCUUCAAUUGGUUACCGAAGGUCCAGCCAACUGGAUUUUCAGAACUCACCUUCUUGGCCAAUGGCAUCCACCUCUGAAGUCCCUUCGUUUGAGUUUACCGCAGAAGACUGUGGCGGUGCACAUUGGCUGGAUAGACCAGAAGUGGAUGAUGGCACUAGUGAAGAGGAAAAUGAAUCUGAUUCCAGCUCGAGCAGGACUUCCAAUAGCAGCCAGACACUAUCGUCCUGCCAUACUAUGGAGCCAUGUUCAUCAGAUGAAUUCUUCCAAGCCCUUAACCAUGCGGAGCAAACGUUUAAAAAAAUGGAAAACUACUUGAGACAUAAGCAGCUGUGCGAUGUCAUCUUAGUCGCUGGUGAUCGCAGGAUUCCAGCUCACAGACUGGUGCUCUCCUCCGUCUCAGAUUAUUUCGCUGCUAUGUUUACUAAUGAUGUCAGGGAGGCAAGACAAGAAGAAAUAAAAAUGGAAGGUGUAGAGCCGAAUUCAUUGUGGUCCUUAAUUCAGUACGCAUACACAGGCCGACUGGAACUGAAAGAAGAUAACAUCGAGUGCCUGCUGUCUACAGCAUGCCUUCUCCAGCUGUCCCAGGUUGUGGAGGCAUGCUGUAAAUUUCUGAUGAAACAGCUCCACCCGUCCAAUUGCCUUGGAAUCCGUUCUUUUGCCGAUGCCCAAGGCUGCACAGAUUUGCAUAAAGUGGCCCACAAUUACACUAUGGAACAUUUCAUGGAAGUAAUCAGAAACCAGGAAUUUGUAUUACUCCCAGCCAAUGAAAUUGCAAAGCUCUUGGCCAGUGAUGACAUGAACAUUCCUAAUGAGGAGACAAUACUGAACGCGCUUCUUACUUGGGUUCGCCACGAUCUGGAGCAGAGGCGGAAAGAGCUCAGUAAACUGUUGGCUUAUAUUAGACUACCUCUCCUGGCGCCGCAGUUCCUGGCAGACAUGGAAAACAAUGCACUUUUUCGGGAUGACAUAGAGUGUCAGAAGCUCAUUAUGGAAGCAAUGAAGUAUCACUUGUUACCUGAGAGACGACCCAUGUUGCAGAGUCCUCGGACAAAGCCUCGGAAGUCGACUGUGGGAACGUUAUUUGCAGUUGGAGGAAUGGAUUCAACCAAAGGAGCGACGAGCAUUGAGAAGUAUGAUCUCCGUACAAACAUGUGGACUCCCGUGGCCAACAUGAAUGGGAGGAGGCUGCAGUUCGGUGUUGCCGUGUUGGAUGACAAACUGUACGUGGUUGGAGGGCGCGAUGGACUGAAGACUCUGAACACCGUGGAGUGCUACAACCCCAAAACGAAAACCUGGAGUGUGAUGCCGCCCAUGUCCACACACAGGCACGGGCUUGGCGUGGCUGUAUUGGAAGGCCCCAUGUAUGCAGUAGGCGGGCAUGAUGGCUGGAGCUACCUGAAUACGGUGGAGCGGUGGGACCCUCAGGCUCGCCAGUGGAAUUUCGUGGCCACUAUGUCCACCCCGAGGAGCACAGUCGGUGUGGCCGUGCUGAGUGGAAAACUUUAUGCAGUUGGUGGUCGUGAUGGGAGUUCUUGUCUCAAGUCAGUAGAAUGCUUUGAUCCUCACACUAAUAAAUGGACACCGUGUGCCCAGAUGUCAAAAAGGAGAGGUGGUGUAGGAGUAACAACCUGGAACGGACUUCUCUAUGCUAUUGGAGGACACGAUGCUCCCACAUCCAACUUGACUUCCAGACUUUCAGACUGUGUGGAGAGAUAUGAUCCCAAAACAGACAUGUGGACUGCAGUGGCAUCCAUGAGCAUCAGCAGAGAUGCAGUGGGGGUCUGUUUACUUGGUGACAAGCUGUAUGCUGUCGGGGGUUAUGAUGGACAGACCUACCUGAACAUCGUGGAGGCUUACGAUCCCCAGACAAAUGAAUGGACCCAGGUUGCUCCGCUGUGUCUCGGAAGAGCUGGAGCGUGUGUUGUGACUGUGAAGAUAUGACUUCAUGCUUUGUUCUCUAAGUGAUGGUGCCCUCUCCCUUUAUUAACAUAAGGGCAGUCCUACCAGUGGAUUCAUUUUUAGUGAACGUGCAAUGCCACAUUCCUGGGCACAAAGUGCCUCAUUCCAAAAUGAAGAUGUUGGAACAAUGGAGGAAGGAAUGGAUGGACCAGGAUGAGAUAUACUUCAUCGCUUAGUAAAUGAAAGCUACACUACCGGACUGGGAUCAUACCUUCUUGAUAUACAGUAUGAAGACAAGUGCGCUGCCCCAGAACAAUCCAGCACUAACUGGGAAUUCAUCUAUUUUUAGUCAGGCACAUUUUAUUCACAUCGUCCAGAGUUAUUACCAUACAAACAUAUAAGCCUCUAAAAUAAUACUUUAUAAAUUUGUCAUACAUGAGCUUCCAUACUUUCUAUUGUUUAAUCAAACCACUAUUUUAAUGAUAUACUAAAGACUAUGCUGUCUAGUUUUUUUCAGGUACAAUGAUAUUAAAUAUGCUCUAGUUGUGAAUUUUAUUACUAAAAUUGAUUUAACCCGAGAAUAAACAAAAACACUUAACGCAUUCAAAAUAAGACUGACCAAAUAAAAGCUUGAUGGGAUCUCUAGGUCCUACUGAAAUAGCCGUUCCAUUCCAUCUAGAUCCACCAAGAGCUGUGUGUGAUAGACUACGACUGAAAUUAAAGCAGGGCGCUUUACAGUAAGAUAUGCAAGUUUAUGUAGAGAAAAUAAAUGCUAUAUACUCUCUAAUGUUCUUCCACCUAACUAACCAGUAUUUAAUUAUGUGGAUUUCUUCUCUUUUAUAUUACAGGAGAUUAUUUGAGUGUGUCCUUUUUGAUACUGAUGCAGUCAUUCGGCAGUUCUUACAUUCUGUCUGCUGCUUCCUGUUUCUCACCUUUGACCCAUUGUGUUAGGAACCCAUUGUACUUCUUUGUAAUCAAAAAAUUGGGGGGGGGGGGGUAAUGUGCUAAUUGAAUAUUUGAAAAAUCAGUUGAAAGUGUUUGUUACUCGAAAUUUUGUACAUUUGUAAACUCUAAUUACAUACAUGAAUGUUAAUAGUCUCGGUGAAUUGUUUAUUGUUUGUAAAAUGCCCUGGGCAGUAAUAUUGUAUGAAAUUUCCUUUAAGGUAGAAGUCAUUACCUUAAUAUAAUAUGGAUGUAAACUGAAGCCCCAUCUUUCAAAGUAUGUUAUGAUUAAUAUAUUCUUAUUUUAUAUUAGGAUAGCCUUAUUUUAGUUGCUUUCUUUAAAAAGUGAAACACAGUCCCUUUUUAUUGAGCUGA